CCAAUCUGCACCAACCGCAAAUCCACGACAACACCACCGAAACACCACCAAAACUCUCUACACAGCCGCAAAAAUGGAUUCCGCCAAGGUCCCAGUCAAGCUCGUCAAGGUCACCCGCGUCCUCGGCCGCACCGGCUCUCGUGGAGGUGUGACCCAGGUCCGCGUCGAGUUCAUGGACGACACCACCCGCAGCAUCAUCCGCAACGUCAAGGGCCCAGUGCGUGAGGACGACAUCCUCUGCCUGCUCGAGUCUGAGCGCGAGGCCAGGAGACUGAGAUAAGCGGUUUUUGGCACGAUGAUGGGCACGAUGGGAAGACGGAAUCUGGAGUGGUGAUCGGCGAGCAAAAGCAAAUUCGGAAGCAUUGGGAUGCCAUGAACGAAGAAGGAUACUUCUCAGCGGAAAUGCGACAUCAAGGCGUUGCGGCUAUCAGGCAUCGACUCGUACGCAAAUACGGACGAAACUACCAAAUCGAGUACACCCUCCACUUCUCGCGACCUUUGCCCAUUUCGAUCCACGCCGAUUCGCGCACUUUCAUGUCCCACUUCGACCGAGCAAGCUUACGAUGAGGAUAUGUACUCUGCUUUCGCCCGCCGCAUACCUUCGUAAUCACGCUCAACCUCCAGCGCACGACUUGGCCCUCAGUGCCUUGGAAUGUGCAUUCUGAGCAGG